AGGAUCCAACUUUUGACCCUAAGCCACCUGUCUCUGCCCACUGAGAGCUGGCGGAGCUGGGGAUGCAGGGAGAGUGGCCCAGGGUAGGUUGGGUUGUGUGUGUUUUGCACAUGGUAGGUUGGGAAGGAGCAGCCAGCAGUCUGGGAUGACUUUGUAGAAACGGUUAGACGAAGGGUUCCCCAGGAAGUGACCUCACUUCCUUGACAACGGACCAAACAGAACUCAGAACCCCAGAAGCUGGUGGGUUUCAGUUAAUCGUGGAGAGACUGAAACAUGGGAAGGAUUUUGUCGUGUUGCUUCCCAAAUGGCCCAGGCUCAGGCCACAAGAGAUGGUGGAGUGGGGGCCUUUUCCAAAUGCGGACACGCGGGGACAGCUGUCACACCUGGCGCCUCUGGAGAAUGAAUCCAAGCAUCCCAAAGGUGACCCAGGACAGCCCAGAGCAGGGUGAAAAGGGGUCCACCCUGAACAAGGAGGAGACUGGCAGAGGCAGGACCCUCGAGCCAGGCACCCUGAGGAAGCUGGUGAACCAGCUGGUGCCCGCGCAUCGCCGUGCGGACCCCUUCUUCGUGCCCGCGUUCCUGUCCACCUACAGGAGGUUCACCAGCAAGCAGCAGGUGCUGGACCUGCUGUUCCUAAGGUACGGGUUCUUCCACCCCAACAGUGAGGAGGACAAGCAAAACAAGAGUGCCCUGUGCUCCAUCCUGGAGACCUGGUUGGCCCAAUACCCGGAGGACUUCUGCCAGUGUCCAGACCUGGCCAGCCUGAAGCAGCUCAUGGCCAACGCACUCAUCAACCUGCCUGACUCAGACAUCGUUCUGCAAGUGUGCAACCUCCUGAGCCAGUUGGAUCCCCUCUGAGUACGACGCCGAGUGUCAGAACUGCCUUCCGGAGCAGCAGCCAUCAAGAGACCCCCAGGAGCAGGGCAAGGGCGGGAGCCUGCACCAGGAUCUGUGCCACCGCGGGAUCUGGAGCCAGCACGGGCAGCAGCAGCUGGGCCUGACUCCAUACACCUGGCGGGUCCUGGUCCUGCUGCAGGGCGUCUCUGUCUCCAACUCUCAGGCCUCCCCACCAUGCAGGGCUCCCUCCCCUCACCUGAGAAAGUCACCUCUUGGUUUUUCCUGUUUCCCUGUCUG